CAACUCUCUCGCCAUGACGCGUCGCAAUCCAUCUUGGCCGCCAAAAUCGCGCCUACUAACCAUCCGAUUACGUGCGCUGUCAAAAUCGCGCAUGUUUGUAGCACUGAAAUGUCCGUGAGGGGCCCUCGAGGCAGUCGUGGACGUGGUCGUGGUCGUGGGCGAGGGCGCGGCAGAGGAGGAAAGACUAUUCUUUGGGAAUGGGAGAGCUAUAAACCCAGCCCAGAAGUCUACGAGCAACUCUGGCAUAUUCGCAAAGCUCCCGCAAUCGUAACCUCACAACCGCCAAACAACUGCCCCAUGACAAAUGCACGAACACGAAUAUUGGACCGCCGACAAACAGAGACGGAGAUUCGACUGAAUUUCUACAUAGUGGAGAUCACACAUCUCGUAGCAGAUCGGAACACAUCUACAUCAAGCGAGGAAGUGGGGGAUAUCGCAAGCAUAGAGAUUGAAGAAGUAGAUCUGAGCUGUAUAAUGCAAUAUGUCUCGCCGCACGAGCUAGAGCGCUUCGAGAAUGCGCAGUUCAGACUCGAAGCCGCGGCGGAGGCUGAGGUAUUGCAACAAGAAGCAGAAGAACAGGCACUCAGACGGCUGGCUAAGAACGCGAGGGUAUCUGACGCAGCCAAGGGUAGCCGCAUGCUAAGCGGGCUAGGCGUCGAUCCUGAAUUAUCAACAAGAGGCAGACCAAGAGGGCGUGGGAGAGGAAGGGGUAGAGGGAGCUGGCGUGAACGGGGCGCCAUUGUGAUGCACGGUCAGUUACGUGAUGAAGACUCGCAGGAGGAGCUAGUAGGCUCUGAACCCAUAGAGACGUUAAACCGUGAAGAAGAACUCAUACAGCGCACCAUCACGGAGACAGAGUCAGAAGAAGAUGACACGACGCAAACCUCACCUGGCGUCAUGCGCUCAGCAUUCGUUGCCAACAGCGCGCUUCCUGUUUCGUCUAUCACGCCACAUCGGCGCCUUUCUAAUCUAUCGAUUUUACGACGUGGCCAUCCUGGGGUGUCCGACAUGGAUGAUUCGGAUGCUAGGUUGGACGAUGAUGAGACAAGGUCCAUAUCCAGCGCUGCAGUACAACUACGAUCCGAAGCCCGUCACCGGGAGCCAACAGUCGAGGAGUCAGAAGACAGUCUAAAUGGAGAUCAACAUCACAAUAAGAGAAAACGAACAACUAGCACAACUUCGAACCAACAUAUCCACACUGCACAGGCCCAGUAUGAAGCUUCCGGGGAUUCGUUCGAUGAGGCAAUACCUCCUGGGCCAUCUUCUAAUGGUCCAAUAGAAACCGAUCCCAUCCACAUUCGAUCCCAUCAUAAGAACUCUUCCGUGCAGAAAGAUCCCGCCGAAGAGGAGGACGAGGAGCCUGAGGAAUUUGUUGUGGAGGACAUAAUUGAGCACUUCUACGAAGGAGGGACGAAAUAUUAUCUGGUCAAAUGGGAAGGGUAUGAGGAUAGCUAUGACUGGCUACCAGAAGAACGUUUGGGAAGUGCGACGGAGCUGGUUACGGAGUACAACGAAAAAAACAGAAGGAGGAGGCGUAAAGGCAAGAUAAGGGGAGGUGGAACGAUUUCUUAAAUAAUGACCAUUAUUACCAUUCUUGUGGAGAACAUGAGAUGUAAUCACAGCAGCACUGGUGUCAUUCUAAUGGGAGCCCCAUUUCAACGUCCAUUUCUCAGCACCAAGCGUCGUGUGAAGUAAGAUAUUCUGCAAUAGGAACGCAUAUGUAUCGGACCGUGCUUGCAUGAACGCAACACCACAAUCAUGAG